UAUCCCUAGCUGCUAGAAGGACAGGGGAGAAAUGGCUGAUACCAUAGCUGAUACAAGAAGGCUCUUCACUAAGCCUCAGAACUUAAAUGACGCUUAUGGACCCCCGAGUAAUUUUCUAGAGAUUGAUGUGAGCAACCCUGAGACCGUCGGGGUUGGCAGGGGCAGAUACACCACGUAUGAAGUCAGACUGAAGACCAACCUGCCCAUCUUCAAGCUGAAGGAGUCUAGUGUUCGGAGGCGGUACAGCGACUUUGAGUGGCUCAGAGCGGAGCUGGAGAGGGAGAGCAAGGUGGUCGUCCCCCCUCUCCCAGGAAAAGCUCUUAUCCGGCAGCUUCCGUUUCGAGGGGAUGAUGGGAUAUUUGAUGACUCUUUCAUUGAGGAGCGGAGACAGGGUCUGGAGCAGUUUCUCAACAAAGUGGCCGGUCACCCCCUAGCCCAGAACGAACGAUGCCUGCACAUGUUUCUACAGGAUGAGUCUGUGGACAAGAGCUACACCCCUUCCAAAGUCAGACAAGCCUGAAAAGAAAAGAUGGCUCUGCUUGGCCUGGUCCGGCUCGACCCUGCUCAGCCCAGCUUGGCUCGACAACCCAAAGCUCUCUUCACUGCUCCAGGUUUCACUCAGACAAUAAACAUUUCAAUGACAACUUCUCCUCCUCGCGCCCCCCCCCACCCCCCACCCCCCCCAAAAAAAUCGUUCACUGCCUCUUUUAGUUUAAUUAGUGACCCUGAUCGGUGUUCGUUUUCACCUUCUAAUUGGAGUCAAGAAUGUUCGACACAUAACUGUGGUUCAAAGUAAUUUAUAGUAAUUUCUCUUUAUGUCUGGAAAUGCCACUAACAUGGAUAUAUUAUGUAUUUAUCAUUUAGCUAUGUCUGAAUAUAUUCAUUUCUAUAGUAACAUUGAAUGAGCGUUCUAUGUAUGCAGAGCUCUUGUAAGACCCACAGCAUUUCCACUCAUAUAUAUCUAAUACUGGCAUGUUGCUCACCGUAACUAGCAACUAAACAGACACACACACACACACACACACACACACACACUUGAUGGGCCUUGACUUUCAAAUCACACUUAGUUGAUCCUCUCUUCAAAAGGAAGCACGUGUGUGUAUAUCAACCAGCACCUGCCCAAUUAUCACAAUGAUUUUCUAGCAAGAAAGAAGUAAUUUACACAGAGGGAACUGCAGUAUUUCUACAGGCUAUAUGCAUUUUGAGAUUUGUAUACUGCUGUGCCAUUUUUGUUUAUUUUGAAGAUUUUCCAAUAAAAUAGGUGAAAUGUC